CUCCGCGCCGCGUCCUCCGGUUCUCUCAGUCCUCGCGGCACGCCGUUGCCUCUCUGCCCGAGAGCGCCCCGCGCCUGCAGCCCGUUCCCGGGGCCGGCGACGCUCUCCGAGGCCAGCGCUCCGCACAGGCUCGGCCUCCGCGUGCCCGUGUCGGCCGCGAAACGCGGCCUCCCCGAGCUCCCGGGCGGGCCAUGGAGGCAGACGGGGCCGGCGAGCAGAUGAGACCGCUACUCACGCGGGGUCCUGAUGAAGAAGCCAUUGUGGAUCUUGGCAAAACCAGCUCAACCGUGAACACCAAGUUUGAAAAAGAAGAACUAGAAAGUCAUCGAGCUGUGUAUGUUGGUGUUCAUGUACCGUUUAGUAAAGAGAGUCGUCGGCGUCACAAGCAUCGAGGCCACAAACAUCACCACCGGAGAAGAAAAGAUAAAGACUCAGAUAAAGAAGAUGGGCGGGAGUCUCCUUCCUAUGACACACCGUCACAGAGGGUACAGUUCAUCCUCGGGACUGAAGAUGACGAUGAGGAGCACAUUCCCCAUGACCUCUUCACAGAGAUGGAUGAGCUCUGCUACAGAGAUGGAGAAGAGUAUGAGUGGAAGGAGACCGCCAGGUGGCUGAAAUUUGAAGAGGAUGUUGAAGAUGGCGGUGACCGAUGGAGUAAGCCCUAUGUGGCGACUCUGUCUUUGCACAGUCUCUUUGAACUGAGGAGUUGUAUCCUAAAUGGAACAGUCAUGCUGGAUAUGAGAGCAAGCACUCUCGAUGAAAUAGCAGAUAUGGUGUUAGACAACAUGAUAGCCUCUGGCCAGUUAGAUGACUCCAUAAGGGAGAAUGUGAGAGAAGCUCUCCUGAAAAGACAUCACCAUCAAAAUGAGAAAAGAUUCACGAGUCGGAUUCCCCUGGUUCGAUCUUUUGCAGAUAUAGGCAAGAAACAUUCUGACCCUCACUUGCUUGAAAGGAAUGGGAUUUUGGCUUCUCCACAGUCUGCUCCUGGAAACCUGGACAAUAGUAAAAGUGGUGAAAUGAAAGGUAACGGAAGUGGAGGAAGCAGAGAAAAUAGUACUGUUGACUUUAGCAAGGAGUCUGCCUCCUGGCACUGUAGUUGUGGCACACUGGGUGUGGGACUCAAGAGGCCUGCUGUUGACAUGAAUUUCAUGAGGAAAAUUCCUACAGGAGCUGAGGCAUCCAAUGUUUUGGUAGGAGAAGUGGACUUUUUGGAGAGACCUAUCAUUGCCUUUGUGAGACUGGCUCCUGCAGUGCUCCUCUCAGGGUUGACUGAGGUCCCUGUGCCCACUAGGUUUUUGUUUCUGUUACUUGGCCCAGCAGGGAAGGCCCCACAAUACCAUGAAAUUGGCAGAUCCAUAGCCACUCUCAUGACUGAUGAGAUUUUUCAUGAUGUAGCUUAUAAAGCAAAAGAUCGAAAUGACCUUUUAUCUGGAAUUGAUGAAUUUUUAGAUCAAGUAACUGUCCUUCCUCCAGGAGAGUGGGAUCCUUCUAUACGCAUAGAGCCACCAAAAAGUGUUCCUUCUCAGGAAAAGAGGAAGAUUCCUGUCUUUCCCAAUGGAUCUGCUCCAAUGUCUGUUGAGCCUCCUAAGGAGGCUGCUCAUCAUGCUGGGCCUGAGCUGCAGAGGACUGGACGGCUUUUUGGUGGUUUGAUACUUGACAUCAAAAGGAAAGCACCUUUUUUCUUGAGUGACUUCAAGGAUGCAUUAAGUCUGCAGUGCCUGGCCUCGAUUCUUUUCCUAUACUGUGCCUGUAUGUCUCCUGUAAUCACUUUUGGAGGGCUGCUUGGAGAAGCUACAGAAGGCAGAAUAAGUGCGAUAGAGUCUCUUUUUGGAGCAUCACUAACUGGGAUUGCCUACUCAUUGUUUGCUGGGCAGCCUCUAACAAUACUGGGGAGCACAGGGCCAGUCCUAGUGUUUGAGAAAAUUUUAUUCAAAUUCUGUCGAGAUUAUCACCUUUCCUAUCUAUCAUUAAGAACCAGUAUUGGUCUGUGGACUUCUUUCUUGUGCAUUGUACUGGUUGCCACAGAUGCAAGUAGCCUUGUGUGUUACAUUACUCGGUUCACAGAAGAAGCUUUUGCAGCUCUCAUUUGUAUCAUAUUCAUCUAUGAAGCGUUGGAGAAACUCUUUCAUUUAGGAGAAAUAUAUGCAUUUAAUAUGCACAACAACUUGGAUGAAUUGACCAGUUACACAUGUGUUUGUGCCGAGCCGUCUAACCCUAGCAAUGACACCAUGGAAGUGUGGAAGAGAAAGAAUGUGACAGCAGACAGUAUUUCCUGGGGAAACCUCACUGUUUCUGAGUGUAAGACUUUCCAUGGUAUGUUUGUGGGAUCAGCUUGUGGUCCUCAUGGGCCUUAUGUUCCCGAUGUGCUCUUCUGGUGUGUCGUCUUGUUUUUUACGACGUUCUUUCUGUCUUCAUUCCUCAAGCAGUUCAAAACCAAGCGUUAUUUUCCUACCAAGGUGCGAUCAACAAUCAGUGACUUUGCUGUAUUUCUCACAAUAGUAAUAAUGGUUGCAAUUGACUACCUUGUGGGAAUUCCAUCUCCUAAACUUAAUGUUCCUGAAAAGUUUGAGCCUACUGAUCCAAGUAGGGGCUGGAUCAUAAGCCCUUUGGGAGAUAACCCUUGGUGGACCUUACUAAUUGCAGCUGUUCCAGCUCUGCUUUGUACCAUUCUCAUCUUUAUGGAUCAACAGAUCACAGCUGUAAUCAUCAACAGAAAAGAACACAAACUCAAGAAAGGAGCUGGCUAUCACCUUGACUUGCUAAUGGUUGGUGUCAUGUUGGGAGUCUGCUCUAUCAUGGGCCUACCAUGGUUUGUGGCUGCGACAGUGUUAUCUAUAAGUCAUGUUAACAGCUUAAAAGUAGAAUCUGAAUGUUCUGCUCCAGGGGAACAGCCCAAGUUUCUGGGGAUUCGUGAACAGCGGGUUACAGGGCUGAUGAUUUUUAUCCUGAUGGGCCUCUCUGUGUUCAUGACUUCAGUACUAAAGUUUAUCCCAAUGCCAGUUCUGUAUGGUGUUUUCCUUUAUAUGGGAGUUUCAUCAUUGAAAGGAAUUCAGUUUUUUGACCGUAUCAAAUUAUUUGGGAUGCCUGCCAAGCAUCAGCCGGACCUAAUCUACCUCCGCUACGUCCCCCUGUGGAAGGUGCACGUGUUCACUGUCGUCCAGCUGACCUGCCUCGUCCUUCUGUGGGUGAUCAAAGCCUCUGCUGCUGCAGUAGUUUUUCCCAUGAUGGUGCUUGCACUAGUCUUUGUGCGCAAGCUCAUGGAUCUGUGUUUCACAAAGAGAGAACUCAGUUGGCUUGAUGAUCUCAUGCCAGAAAGUAAGAAGAAGAAAGAAGAUGACAAAAAGAAAAAAGAGAAAGAGGAAGCUGAGCGGAUGCUUCAGGGUGACGCGGGCACCGUGCAUCUUCCAUUCGAAAGAGGGAGCCUCCUACAGAUUCCAGUUCAAACCCUAAAAUAUAGUAUUGACCCAUCAGUUGUUAACAUAUCAGAUGAAAUGGCCAAAACUGCCCAGUGGAAGGCACUUUCCAUGAAUACUGAGAAUGCCAAAGUAACCAGACCUAACACGAGCCCUGAAAAGCCUGUGAGUGUGACAAUAAAUUUCGAAGAUGAACCAUCAAAAAAAUACAUGGAUGCUGAGACUUCAUUGUAAAGUCAAACCAAAAGGAAUAUAUAGAAAUAUAUGCCUAUCUGUAUACACACACACACACACACACAUACACACAUAUGUAAUAAUAGUACUACGGGGCUUUUUGAAGUAGCAUUGGGCAUUUCUUGUGAGCACCGUGGAGACCAUAUUAGUGAAGUGGUCUGGUAUAAACGAGGUACAUGGCUUUUACUCUUCAGAUACUUAUUUUUGGGGGUAAAGCCUUUUUGUUAUACAGUAGAAAGAUGUGGAAAACUGCAUUCAAUCUGUUUUUCUUAAAUAUCUGUUAGUGGCAAUCAAUCAUAUCAACCUUAAUGGAUACAUACUUAGUCUGUAUACUUAAAAUUUUUACCUGAAUUUUGAAAGAUUUUUGUUUCCCUUUGGUAGUGUUUUAUAGAUAGAAUAAGGAGUCUGCUCGUGUUGUGGGAAAUGACAUGUCCUGGCUUCUCUGUGGGCUCCCUUCUUGUACCUGUCCAUCAUACUUCACAGGUGAUGAACAUAGAAGUGAUUAUAAAUUAGUGGAGACUUUCUAGGUAGGAACUUUAUGGCUUAGAGGUUAUUCUUGAAUCAGAAAACUUCCAUAUCUGGGCUUCCAUUUUGGUGGACAAGAAAAAAAAUUAUAUGUGACUUUUAAUUUAAGAACCACACAAGUCAUAAUGUUUUGAGUUUUAAAAGCUAUAAAGUGCCCAUCUGCUACAGUUAAAUUUUUUUAUCUUUGUAGCAAAGCUUUUCCAUUACUCAUACCUUCCUAGGAGCCCAGAGUCCCACUGUUGUUUCUCUUUGGUAUUUUUUACUUAAAGUGGUCUAGUGUCAGGUUCACGUAUCUCUCUGUUAUGAGUAGUAAUAAAGAGUCAGUACCCUUUCAAGUGGGCUUGUGAGCCAUGUUUCUUUACAAGAGUUACCUUUCAUUGUCUGUGCUUACUUUCUCUUUUGUAUACAAUGUAUUUGAUAGGUUAUUAUCCCCAAUUUCCUUUUAAAAUCUUUUAUUUAUUCUAAUUGAUGUGAUACUUAAAUAUUAUAUGGAUAUUUGAAACAGUAACAAAUACAGAGUAAAUUGUUCCUGUUUUAGAUUUUUGGUGCUCACUUGCGUUUCUGUUCAUUACCUGAAAGCAGGUGACAAACUUUACAUCUUUGAUAUAAAGCACUGCCAUAUUUACAUUUUAAAAGGAAGUUGGGUAUUUCUUGUGCAGUUCACAUCAAUGACAUUGUUCCUGUUCUGUGUUAACAUUUGGGUUUCCAGUAUUUUUGAGCUGUCUUGUAAACAUAUAGCAAAUUUAUAGGCACACAGCUCUCUACAGAAUAAGUAAAUACGAUUUCAGCUUGUGGGGCAGAAUGAUUGGAGCCAUGAAUCUCUGAUAAGGCAGGAGGAUAGAUAACACAGGGAAACAGUGAGAAGCCCCAGUCUCCUUCAGAAACACUGAAGGUGAUAGAGCAGGAAGAUUAGGGUGAAUGUUUUAAGGAAAUUCUAAUAUUCUCUAGUCCUUUCAACCUAAAGUACGAAAGUUUUAAGAAAUUGAUCUUUAGAUCAAAUGAAUAGAAUUGCCCAAAGCAGAUAUUUCUGGCACAUUUGAUUGAAGUAGUUUUCAGUCGUUCUAAACUGUGUACCAAUUAGUGUAAUCCCCUCGUCUGAGGUCACAUAGUAGGCUGCUCGUUCAAAUAGUAGCUGGCACCAUUUGGUACUAUCUGAGGAAUUCUGUUGGACUUCCUUAACGUGAUGGGGAGUGUUGCCAUGGUGCUUAUGGUCAUUGGUGACCUCCACUGAAGUGGUCCUUCUUCAGUCAGCAUCAUAGUGAUUUCCAAAGUCCCCAUUUGCUGCUAAUUAUAACCCCCACCCCCUGUGAUGUAUCCAAACAAGAGAAUUUCCUCACACCAUUUCCUUGUGUCUGGACAUCAAAGGGUUAAUUUAUUUUACAGGAAGUGAUUUUAAAAUUUAAACUGAAAACUACCUGGUAUCAUAAUUUUCCUGUGACUUAUUUAAUUAUCUUAUUAUCCAGUGCCAGAAAAACAAACAAAAAACAAGACAUACAGAAUACUUUGUAUCUAAGAUGUUUUACCAUGGUCUUCGUUACUAAUGGCAUCUGCUUUCUUUUGACUACUUGACUUACAAAAUGAUCUGAUAAGACUACUCCACUGAAGAGCAGAGGUAAUUAACUGCUGCUUUCAGGUGGUUACAUUUCUUGUGCUAUUUUUGAAAAUAACAAUCAUGAAUAACAUUCAUUGCAAGACAGCAAGAGAGAUAAUUUAGUAUAUAUAUUGAUUUUUAAAUGCUGCCUUAAAUAGGUGUAAAUGAGCAGUAGUAAUUGCUAUGUACUGAUUUACCUCAAGGUGCAAAAUAAUUAAACUUGUACAUACCCAUUUACAGAGUAAUUCAGAGACACAGCCCUGCACUUUCGUAGAUGCCUUGAUUUUCAGAUGGAGCUUAGUGCUACUGAGCACCACGGCCGUGGGGCCACCUCAGGAUGUUCUUCCCUCCACCGUAUUUUAUUUAUUUAUAGAUGUGUGUUUACAAAGAAUAUAAUAAAGCCUGGUGUUAACUAUCUGAAAGUUACUUCCUUCUUAUUGCUAUUUCAAUCUAAAGUAGAAGCUUUUGAGAAAACAGUAAACUAGCUUCCUGAUGCUAAAGGGGGUGAUUAUAAUAUAUAUUUUUAAUAAUAUUAGAUAUGCAAAAGUGAAGUACAAGGUCUUUAAAACAUUGUGUGAAUGUUUGUGUACAUGUAUGAAAUCACUCUUAACUCUCUUAACUUUUUUAAAACUUGUGGCAUACCGAUGUUCAGAUUUGCCAAGCUUUCUAUAAGACAUGUAAGAUGAAAUGUUUUUGUUUUUGUGUGCUAAUGCAUGUAUUUAUAAAGAUUUGUUUACUGCUGGGAAUCACUAACUCUUGUUUCUCCAUCCACAAAGUGUUCAUUUCUUCCACAUACUGGAAGUUUUGGCUUGAGUGUAUGAGUUUUCUGGCUUUUCUUUCACAAAGGCAGGUUCAGAAUUGUACAGAAAGAAGAAUGGUCUCUCACAGUAUGGCAUCACAACAGGGCUGCCUGGUUAGGUUCCAUCAGUGUGCACAGCUCAGCAGCCCUGCAUCUGCGUCCUGACAAAGUGCUCAGUGUGGAAUAUGUUAGCCAGUAAUAGAACACUGUAAUUCAAGUAUGUUUAUAUUAAGUAACUUACAUGUCUGAAAUGUAUUUAUGUAGGUUCCAUCACUAUCAUUUGUAGUACAAAUACAUGAACUGUUCAUUUAUUCCAACUAUUUAUUUAUCUUUAGAAAGUAAAUUUAAAGUCGAGCUGCAUUCAAGUUUUAAAAUAGUGUUCCAAUCACAAGAUGUGAUCAUUUUAAUUGUAAAGUUUCUUUUAACUUUCUGGAAAAUAAAUUGUCAAAUGGAAUCAUGUGAUGAUUAUUUUAAAUUUUUUAACAUGUAUGUACUUAGAGUUUAAGCCCCAGUUCUGUGGUUUUUAAUCAUAUCUUUUUGCACAUUGAUUGUUUCUGUGCUAUAGCUUUUCUUGUGUUCCUUUGUUUGUUUAAGAUUUUUGGCUUUGUAGUAGUAAGGUGUCUUCCAGUGUUUACUUUAUUAGGCUUAAAUUAAAGUUGAAAUUUAUUGUCCAUUUAUAUAAUAUUUGAUACCUUGGUGUAAUUUCCCAGUUACAAUUUUUAUGACAUUUAUAAUUGCAAUGGUAUUUUCUUUUAUAAUAAAAUCCAAAGUUAAUUAAACAAAUUGUAGACCUGAUAUUUUUCAUCUAUAUGAAGUACAAGUCUCUACCUGAGUCUAUAAUGUGAACCAUCCUGCCUUUCACAUUUAUUUCCUAAUUGUUAGAGCAAACUAUUUUUUUGUAGAUGUUAUUGAGAGUUGAAAGAGCAAUAAAAGUUUACAAAGCAA